UGUGAGUGUGAGAGAGAGGUGGGCUGGAAGGUCUCUGAAGGACACUGAUGGAGGAGGGAGGAGCUGCCUGGGAGCUCUGGAUCAUCCAGCAGCGCGUGCAGGAGAGCAGGAAUGACUCGGGAUAAUAAUACAGUGUUCAUCAAUCCUCAUCUUUGAAUCCAUCCCUUCGGUUUGCGCUCCUUUUGUCUUUCUCCAACUCUGAGAGCGUCCGCGGCUGAAGGUUCUGGUGUGGUGAAGAAUGCAAAGAGGAGGUGUUUUCUUACGAUGCAGUAAAACCAAAACAUAAUCUAUCGUAAUCACUGAAGAGCAAAGAGGAUUUUGAUUUGCAAAGAGAGACAAAGGAAGUGACAAUGGGACGAAAGAAGAUCCAGAUAACUCGCAUAAUGGAUGAGAGAAACAGACAGGUGACGUUCACAAAGAGGAAGUUUGGUCUGAUGAAGAAGGCGUAUGAGCUCAGUGUUCUGUGUGACUGUGAAAUAGCUCUGAUUAUCUUCAAUCGCUCCAAUAAGCUCUUCCAGUACGCCAGCACAGACAUGGACAAGGUCUUGCUCAAGUACACAGAAUACAACGAACCUCACGAGAGCAGAACCAACUCGGACAUUGUAGAAGUGCUGAACAAGAAGGAGCAAAGAGGUUGUGACAGCCCAGAUACAGAAGCUUCAUAUGUUCUCACGCCUCACACGGAGGAGAAAUAUCAGAAGAUUAAUGAAGAGUUUGACAACAUGAUGAGAAAUCACAAAAUUCCGGCUGCUCUGGGUCAGCAGAGUUACUCGAUACCGCUGACUUUGCCCAUCACCAACCCCACCACGCUGUCCUACAGCACAGACAGCUCUCUGGACACCCCAGUGUCCCUCAGCGGGACGAACAUGCUGUCUCUGUCCUCCAACAGCCUCCAGAGCAACAACAGCACUGCUGUCAUGGAUGGCAUGCCAGGUUCGUCAGACGUCAUUCUUCCAAACGGUGUGCACUCCAGUCAUAUGGCUAAUGGCUUUGUUGGCGGUUCAGAAGGAAACAGUAUGGGAAGAGUCGUUUCUGCAAAAUCUCAAGCGUCGUCAACAUUGGGCCGCAAACCUGAUCUCAGAGUGCUCAUUCCUCCUGUGUGCAAGGGCACUGCUUCUUCACUGCCACCAGAGGAAGGAGAGGAACAUUUGAGAAUAGACAACUCUGAGUCCAGCCAAUCACUGACCACACCCGUGGUAUCCGUGGCAACCCCCAGUCUACAUCCCCAGGGCCUUGUGUACUCAGCCAUGACAUCAUCGUUCACUACAGAUUUUGCCUUGAGCAGUACAGAGCCCAGUUCUUUACACAGCUUCAGUUCGCCAGACGCUGUCACAUCAGGAACAGGGUCUUCAUGGAAACACAGUCAUCACAGUCAGCCAGGCUUCAGUGCUCAGAGAACCACACAAGCUCAAAUUCAUGCUUCUGACUCCACCAACUCCAUCAGCAUAAAAUCAGAGCCCAUCUCCCCUCCCAGAGAGCGUGCCGGUCACUCGCUGUACCCCACCAUCCACACCAGGCCUCGGCCCAGCUCCGGACAAGAAGUGGGCCGCUCUCCUGCUGAGAGCUUCAGUUCUUCUGGUAGUUCAUAUGAAGGUAGUGACCGUGAGGACCAGCGGCUGGACUCUCACCCAGUCACCGCUACAUCAGGACAAAGAUCAUCACCAGAGACAGAGAGACAGGAAGAUCCCUCAUUCAAACGCAUGCGCACAGACAGCUGGGUAACUUAGGAUGUCUUUUGAAAGUCACAUUUUAGUUAAUAUGCAGACUGCUGUUGUGCAACAAACACAAAGUGCUGCUUUAGAAUUGUGAAGAGCUGUCUCUGAAAGGGAAAUACAAAGACAGUUAUUGUAAAUGAGUGCGUUCCGUUGUUUGUAUUGUUAUAGGAUUUUUUUAUAUUGUUAAAAAUGUAAGUUAUGAAGUGUAUGACACUGUUUUGUCAAUAGAGGGUUAGCUUUGCUGUAUUAUUUGCAGUAUAUUAUUUUUUGCAAGCCAAAUGUGUGAUUUUAUCUUUUGCAUUUUUAUCUGAAUCCUCAAUCAAAGCCAUAUAAAUGUUGAUAGGGAUUUACUAUUUGCUGUCGCUUAGUGUAUGAGUUUGAGUGAUCAAUUUUUUCUAAACAUUUUUGUGCUAUGGGGGAAAAAAAAACAAAAUAUGAUUUAAAAAGUUUGAAAUAGCAAACUUAAAAUCUUCUAUGGAGUGCUUACUUGUCUGUCAAGUUUUAGAUGAACCUCAGGUAUCUGCAUUUCAAUCAUCAACUGGCAGCCAAAUGACACCUUUAGUUAUUUCAAGGUUUGUGUAGAACAGAUGAUAAAAUGGCCCAAAAAUAAUUGAUUAUUUAGAUUUAUUAAUGUAACCGCCUAGCAACGCCUUUGUGGGUGAUACAAUGAGCUAAUCAUAAAUUUGACUUUUGUUCUUAAAACCAUAAUCCCUCUAUAAGAGAAAACACUAUAAACAUGUCAUAUUCACAAAUAAUUUGCAAAAAAUGUAAAUACUGGUACUUUAAAAUACCUGAUAACACAAGCAUUUAAAAAAAUAUAUAUAAAAAGUAUUUAAAUGUCUUUUAUAGUGUUUUUAUCCUUUAUUCUGAUUCUGCUGAAUGUGAUGGGAGCAGUCGAGCUUUAUAGCCAUUUACUAGUACAUUAAAAUCACCGUCUCCAAAGAGAUAAUUAUGUAUUUUGCUGCUAAUACCAGGUUUUAUUUGACAGCUGUUCCUCUUUACUGACACAGUGUGUUUGUUAAGCCAGUGUCCUCAAAAUCUCCCUUCAUGCCAUAUAAAAUCAUUUUUCACAGAUGCCAAUGCAAUCUAUGGAACUCUAUUAGUUGUCUCAGUUUGCUCUCAAAUCAAGCGGACCCCUUUAUUGUUUGUACACCAUGAUAAAUGGCAAUAAACAUAUU